AUAUCUGCUGCGAAAGGACUUGUAAGAUAUCUAAAACAAUCUGGACUGGUUGCGCAAUUGUCAAAGACAGUGCUACAGAUGGGGGAGACGCGAUUCAGCACAGUGUACCUCACACUCAAGUCACUGCAAGACAUAUACGCAGAGCUACGAGAGAAACUGGAGACCCGCGGUGAAGUUGAGCGCAUCGAAAAUAUUGCACCUGACUUAUUGAGCUUUCUGGUCACAUUUUUGGAGCCAUUUUAUAAUGCCCAGAGAGAGUUGGAGGGCGACAAAUAUGCAACCAUAAACUUGGUCUGCCUCUGGGUUGAGAGACUGAAGAGACAUUGCCAGCCCUCUCCCACUGACUCACCGCAGCAAGCAUUUGUGCGCCAGAGACAUGCCGAGUUCAUUGUGCAAAAAAUCAAGGUGAACAUGCUUCACAAAGUUGCUCUUUUCCUCUGGCCCAAAUUCAACAAAUUGAGGAUGAUGUCUCCUGUAGAGAUAGCUGAAGUACAUGCUCACGUUCGCACCUUACUCUUGCCUGUGGAUGAAGAUGCUGCGGUGGCUCACGGUGCAACGAGCAGUACUGGCUUCACACCACCAGCAGCCAGGCCCAGGAGAGACUCCGAAUUUGCUGAGUGGGAGAACCAAGACGAUGAUAACGAACCAGAUGAGGAUGAAGGGGCUAUGUACAAUUCACAAAAGCAUGCCAUGGAUGACGACCGGGAUCUACUGAAAUGGUGGAAAGUGAACGGAUUGGUGUACCCAAAACUAGCCAGGCUGGAUCCGUCCUCUGCAUUCCAGCAAGCAGCAGCAGCAGCGAACGGGUGUUCAGCGCAGCUGGCCGAACGAUAGAGCAGAGGAGGACCGCUCUGAAACCAGAAACUGUCGACGCAAUCUUGUUCUUGCAUGACAACAUGUAGAACCAUGCUCAUACACAGGCAGGAGGCUACCAGAAUGGAGCAGCGUUUUUGCACUAUAUGCCUACGUUUUCUAAUAGGCUUUAAAAAUAUUUAUAAUGUUUAAAAUUAUAUUAUAAAAUAUUAUUUGUUCUAAAACAUUGUUUAAUUUUAUUAAAGUAGUAGGCCUAUAAUCUUAGGCCAUUAUUUUCUGUGUUCAUCAUUGUUCACGGUUUAUUUUAUUUUUUAUGUUUCUUUAUUCGAAAUUUCAAUCCAUUUAGGAUCCAUUCAGUUGUUUCUUAAUAAACAAACAACGCAGUUUACAUGCUUCUUUCUUGUCGUAUUAUUCAUCAAGAUAAUAAUGAAUGCACACACA